UCAGCGAGAAGAUUGAGAUACACACACAGAGACAAGCGGAGGAGACGGCGGCGUUCCAGGAGGUCAUGAUGGACCUCAGCUCCACCCGGAUUCAGGCGCAGAAGGUCCGGUUGGCCAGAACUCAGGGCCCGUAUUACGGCGGAUCUCUGCCCAACGUCAACCAGAUCGGCAGGAGCGCCUCAGAGCUGCAGGGCUCGUUUCACUCUCCGCUGGACUCCAGUCGCUCCACGAGGCAUCAUGGUCUGGUGGAGCGGGUUCACAGAGACCGGCGCUUCAUCUCUCCCAGCAGACCCUACAGGAGACAAAUGGACAGCUCUCACAGCAACUCUGUGUAUCUGUCUCCACCCCCUGACCCCAGCUGGAGAAGGACUAACUCGGACUCGGCGCUGCACACCAGUGUGAUGAAUCCUCCGGCUGGAGAUCUGUUCUCUGCAGGCCUCACAGCGCCGGGCAGACAAGCCGUCUUCUCCUAUCCUGUUCCUCCCAUCGAGGAGAACGGCCCUGAUGAACGCCUCCUCAAACCCUGGGACUCCAGAAAGCUGCCGCUGCUCUCUUCACGACCAAAGUCCUGUGAGGUGCCUGGAAUCACUGUGUUUGCGUCUCUGGACCAGCAGGGCGGCGCUCCUCACGGCCUGACAGUGCUGAAUACAGGCGGCUCUCUGCCGGAUCUGUCCAGUCUGCACUUCCCGUCCCCGCUGCCGACCCCGCUGGACCCGGACGAGCCGGGAUACCUGUCUCUGAGCGCCGGGGGCAGCACGGGGAACCUGACCUGUACCCUCACGCAGCUCGGCAUCCACAGCCCCAGCGCCUUCCACUCCACAGGUCUGCUGCCGUCUCUGCAGGGCACGUCCAGUAACCCCUCCCUCCAGUCGUCGCUUAGCAACCCCAACAUCCAAUCAUCUCUCAGCAGCGACUCGUUCCCCAACUCGCUGAGCUCCGCCUCCCUGCACUCGUCCCUGAGCAACCCCUCCCUCCAGUCUUCGUUCAGCUCCUCCCCCUCGCUGAGGUCAUCAUUCAGCAGUCAUUCGCUGCAGUCGGCUGUCAGUAACACCAGUUACAGCACUUUGGGCUCCUUCCCUCCGCAGAUUAGCACGUCCCCACGCAGACGAGCGCAGCUGACCCCGGUGACCCUGCCUCCAGACACACGCAGACAUCACCCCAAACAGUUCUCACCCACCUCCUCCACCCUCAGCUCCAUCACACAGGUAAACUCACACUCUCACACAGAGUUACACACGCACACACACACACACACACACACACACACA